AUGCAGGGCAAUUGGAUGAACUUCUUGAUUGUUGUAUUUGUGACUCUAGGAUCCUUCUCAUAUGGGUAUUCGGCCUCUAUCAUUGCUUCUACCUUGGGACAGUCCGCCUUUGUCCGCUAUUUAGAUCUUGAUCCCACGCUUAACCCUGCGGCAGAGUCCUUGCAAGGAGCAACUAAUGGCAUUUUUCAGACUGGUGGUUUCUUUGGAGCCUUGUUGCUUACGCCUGUAGCCGACCGGCUUUCCAGGCGCGGAUCAAUUCUAAUGUCAUGUCUGUUCCUAGUGAUUGGAGGCGCGCUCCAGGCAGCAAGCGUCCACAUCGGAAUGUUUCUGGCGAUGAGAUUUAUAACUGGCAUGGGCGUAGGAAUGGUUGUUGGCUCUGUCCCACUCUACCAAAGUGAGGUCUCCCCGCCAAAGAUCAGAGGCCUUCUUGUGGGACUUCAUGGUGUUAUGAUCUCCGUCGGCUAUUCUACCGCUGGCUGGAUUGGCUAUGCUUGCUACCCACUUGAGGGUAAUAUACAGUGGCGUCUUCCAUUGGGAAUUCAGUGUAUUCCCCCUGGUAUUCUUGCCCUUGGAACAUACGUGCUUCCUGAAUCUCCACGUUGGUUGCUACAAAAUGACCGCGCCGACGAAGCGUUUGACGUAAUUCGUCGUAUUCAUGGCGAAGAGGCUCAAACUGAGUUCACUCAAAUGUGCAGUCAAGCCGAAGUCGAACGGGAAUGCCAGCAAAAUACGAAUAUACUUAUGCAGCUACGACAGCCGCACAAUCUCAAGCGACUCCUUUUAGGAUUCGGGGUUAUGUUCGGGGGUCAGACUACUGGUACCUUGGUCUUGAACAAUUAUGGGGUGUCACUUUACACCAGGCUGGGCUACUCUGGCCAGACUGCGAUUGCUCUUACCGCAGGAUGGGUCACGGUAUCUAUACCAGGCAACUUCUUGCUCGCCCUUUUUGUUGACCGUAUUGGACGGGUCCGAAUGCUGCUCUACGGAUUCAUCGCCAUUGUGUGUAUACUUGUUGGAGAGAUGAUAGCAACUGGAUUGCCGAACCAAUCUUCUGGCAAUAAUAUCGCAGCUAUCUUCUUCCUUUACUGCCACAUUGCAGUUUACAGUCUUUGUAUCGAUGCUACAACCUACAUAUACGUCACCGAAAUCUUCCCCACUCACCUACGUGCUAUUGGAAGCAGUAUUAGUAUUUCGGGUCUCUUUCUCGCGAGCAUCAUCUACACACAGUCCGCAACCUCGGCCUUUGCGAGCAUCGGCUGGAAGUACUACUUGGUAUUUACCAUCACAUCAGCGCUGAUGGUGGUAUGCCUUGCGCUUUUCUUCCCGGAAACGAAGGGCCUCUCUCUGGAAGAGAUUGGCACUUGCUUCGGGGACCCUCCGCCUAGCUUGUGUUUCGGAGAUAACAGCACCAGUGGCGAGACGCAGAAACCGAGCGAGGUCCAACAUGUGGAAGCAUUGGAGCAUGUCCAUGAAUCGGGUGUCUAG